CACCCAUGAGACACAACGUCCAUGCAGCGACAUACCCACAGAGAGCCGAUACCCUGAGAACCCUGGUGCAUUCCCACCGCCAUUAAUUGCUUGCUGUCAGACAAUCGUCUUCCUAUAGGAGGCGUUUGCAUGAUAGCGAGUACCCAAUAUCUUUAUCCCCCUCCUCCCCGUUUCUCCUCUUCACUUUUUGUCCAAGGCGGAGAAAGGAUGAUUAAGCUAUGUUGGGACGAUCAGGACCACCUGCAGUGCACUGCACUGUUACCCCAUACUUUCUUUCCCCAACCAUCCAACCCUGGAUUUUCCCCCCUCCCACACCCACACCCACACCCACACCCACACCCACAUCUCUUGGGCAGGAAUCUCCUCCUAACUUAUGCCUGCUUUGUAUCUCUCGUGGCCGGGAGUAGACGGUAGACCAUUCCGCCCGCAUCACCACCAACUUACUCUCCCGCCAACAGCAAAUGUGCGUGCGAUGUUGAGUUCCAGUUCCCUUCCCCUGGAUACACGUCAAAUUCGCAAAUCGCCUCUUCCUA